GGACGGGUACUACACAUCACAAAUCUCAUAACCUCUUUCAUUGCAUUAUAAUCUCUCUCUCGUCGCGAUGGAAACCACCGGAAAAGUGAAGAAGGCAUUCGGAGGAAGGAAAGCCGGCGGCCCCAAAACCAAAUCGGUUUCGAAAUCGAUCAAAGCCGGUCUCCAAUUCCCCGUAGGAAGAAUCACUCGUUUCCUGAGGAAGGGACGGUACGCACAGAGACUCGGUGGCGGAGCUCCGGUUUACAUGGCCGCCGUCCUCGAGUACCUCGCCGCCGAAGUUUUGGAGCUUGCUGGUAACGCAGCGAGAGACAACAAGAAGUCGAGGAUCAUCCCGAGGCAUCUUCUCUUGGCGAUCAGGAACGACGAGGAACUGGGGAAGCUUCUGAGUGGAGUCACGAUCGCUCACGGUGGUGUCUUGCCUAACAUCAACUCUGUGCUUUUGCCUAAGAAGUCUGCUAAGUCGACCGAGGAUGUUGUGUCCAAGUCACCAGCCAAGUCUCCCAAGAAAGCUUAAUUCAUACUUUCGUUUGUAUGCGUUGUGUUGAGUUUCGUGAAUGCAUAUGUAGAAAAUUCUAGUUUUUUUUUUUUUUUUUUAAUUAUGUAAUUUGGGUUUGAUUCCUCCUCAGAUCCAUUGUUCUAUUUUAUAAUUUAUAAAAUCUUGCAAAUCUCUGCUAA